CCUAUGAGGAAUGAACGUUCCAUGCGUCGUAGGCAUGAAUGAAGUGGCUUGGCAAGAGACCAGAGGAAUAAUGCAUGCGAGCAAUGGGCAGGAGGCACUCGGGGUUGCAGUCGGGAUGGUCCCUACUGGAGGAACAGCAUCAGGGCCCAUUGGAAUCAAUCCACAUGCCAUUCCUCCCGGUGCUUCCAACGCACAGGUGCAUUUGAGCGGCCGCUCUCAGGAUGAUGCCACGGUGGGAUAUUUCUUCCAAAGGCAAGCUGGAGAACAGGUGAACGGCUACACCAACAAACACCGCUGGCCGACAGGGGAUAGUGUGGAGGCUCCGGUGAGGUCCGCAGAUGACUUGAAUCAUGGCUUCCAGGCCUUGGCUUUAGAAUCUCGAGGAAUGGGAGAGUUGUUACCAGCCAAAAAGUUUUGGGAGCCAGAUGACCCAUCUAAAGAUGGCCAGAAAGGGAUGUACCUAGCAGAUGAAUGGCGGGAGAACGCUUGGGGGCAGUCUCACCAUUCCAUGUCCCAACCAAUCAUGGUACAGCGAAGACCUGGGCAAGGCUUCCAAGGGAGCCACGAUGUGAAUUCGGUACUCUCUCCCCGGUCAGAAAGUGGCGGUCUGGGAGUGAGCAUGGUGGAGUAUGUUCUGAGCUCCUCGCCUGCCGAUAAAAUCGACCCGAGAUUUCGGAAAGGAACCUACGGUGCUAGAGAUUGUGAUUUGGAUGGACCAGAGAAAGGGGAACAGAAAGGAAAGGCAUCUCCGUUUGAAGAGGACAUGAAGCGGGAUCUGAUAUCUACUGAUGGCGAUGAGGUUUCAAAGCUGAAUGGCCGAGGCCUUCCAAAUGGGAUUGACGCAGACUGCAAAGACUUCAACCGUACCCCAGGAAGUCGGCAGGCUUCUCCCACCGAGAUAGCCGAGAGAAUGGGCCCAAACCAGAAUGUCACAGAUGGACUCGGACAGCUCUCAAACCCCAUGGUCAACAAGCCCCUGAACGACGAGUUUGCAACACCUGAAAGCCAGAACUUGGAUGGGAUGGAGCAAGUCGGUCUGGAUUCUUUGCAGUUUGACUACCCUGGUAAUCCCUUACCAAUGGACUCUGGCGGGGGUGGUGUUGGACUAUUUGAUUAUGGAACCCAGCAGCAGCUCUUCCAGAGACCCAACGCUUUAACCAUGCAGCAAUUAAAUGCAGCCCAGCAACAGCAGCAGCAGCAAUACGCCCUGGCAGCAGCCCAGCAGUCUCACAUUGCUGGUAUGUUUUCAGCAGGUCUGGCUCCAGCUGCCUUUAUGCCAAACCCUUAUAUCAUCAGCACGGCUCACCCUGGCACAGAUCCAUACACCGCAGCCGGCCUCGCUGCUGCAGCAUCUUUGGCAGGACCUACGGUUGUUCCCCCACAAUAUUACGGGGUACCAUGGGGAGUGUAUCCAGCUGGAUUAUUUCAGCAACAAGCUGCUGCAGCAGCUGCGUCUGCUGCAAACAACAACAACCAACAGGCAGCAACACAGGCAUCCCAGGGACAACAGCAGGUUAUGCGCUCUGCCACAAACCAGAGACCAUUAACACCAAACCAAGGACAGCAAGGACAACAGAAUGACAAUCUGGCAAAUUCCGCCCUGGCAUUCGGACAGGGUCUGGCCACCAGUAUGUCAGGCUAUCAGGUCCUUACCCCUACUGCUUAUUACGAUCAGAAUGGUGCCUUGGUGGUUGGCCCAGGAGCAAGAGGUGGACUGGCAGCCCAAGUACGUUUGGUGGCGUCUACCCCAGUCCUCAUCAGUUCUGCUGCGGCUCAAGCCGCUGCAGCAGCAUCGGCCGCUGGUAACAACAGCCUUAACGCAGCUGCAAAUGGCAUGUUCCGCACAAUGGCCCCUCAGCAGCAACAGCAGCAGUCGCAGCAAAACGCCAACCUCCAUUCCAGUUCAUUCUACGGGAAUAACUCUAUGACCAACAAUUCCCAGAGCAGCUCUUUAUUUUCACAUGGCCAGGGUCAGCCUGGCAACACUUCGCUGGGGUUCAGCAGCAGCAGCAACAGCUCUCUGGGAGCAGCUAUCGGCUCAGCCUUUGGAGGAUUUGGAUCAUCAGUUGGCAAUUCCACGGGUAGUAGUGGCUCAAGGAGAGAUUCCUUGUCUGCUAGCUCAGACUUGUACAAAAGGUCUAGCAGCAGCCUGGCACCCAUAGGGCAGCCCUUUUACAAUAGCCUGGGCUUCUCAUCCUCUCCGAGUCCAAUAGGCAUGCCUCUUCCAAGCCAAACGCCAGGACAUUCACUAACACCACCACCAUCCCUCCCAUCACACGGAUCUUCAUCCAGUUUGCAUUUAGGCGGGCUGACCAAUGGCAGCGGGCGCUAUAUAUCCGCUGCCCCUGGAGCCGAGGCCAAGUACCGCAGUGCUGCAAGCACAUCUAGCUUCUUCAGUUCCAGCAGCCAGCUGUUCCCGCCCUCCCGCCUGCGAUACAGCCGAUCCGACAUCAUGCCCUCUGGACGCAGCAGACUGCUGGAGGACUUCCGUAACAACCGCUUCCCCAAUCUACAGCUCAGGGAUCUGAUUGGGCACAUUGUUGAGUUUUCCCAAGACCAGCAUGGCUCCAGGUUCAUCCAGCAGAAGUUGGAACGUGCCACUCCAGCAGAACGUCAAGUAGUGUUUGGAGAGAUCCUCCAGGCGGCCUAUCAGCUGAUGACAGACGUCUUUGGAAAUUAUGUAAUUCAGAAGUUUUUUGAAUUUGGCAGCAUGGAUCAGAAGUUGGCACUGGCGACGCGGAUACGCGGACACGUACUUCCUCUGGCUUUACAGAUGUACGGCUGCCGGGUCAUUCAGAAAGCACUGGAAUCCAUAUCUCCAGAUCAGCAGAGUGAGAUGGUGAGGGAGCUGGAUGGACAUGUUCUGAAGUGUGUGAAAGAUCAGAACGGAAACCACGUGGUGCAAAAAUGUAUCGAAUGUGUCCAGCCGCAGUCCCUCCAGUUCAUCAUUGAUGCCUUCAAAGGACAGGUCUAUGUACUCUCCACUCACCCCUAUGGCUGCAGAGUAAUACAGCGCAUUCUGGAACAUUGCACUGUGGAACAGACUCUGCCAAUUCUGGAGGAGCUACAUCAAAGCACAGAGCAGCUGGUGCAGGAUCAGUAUGGUAAUUAUGUCAUACAGCAUGUGUUAGAACAUGGCCGCACUGAAGACAAGAGCAAGAUUGUUUCCGAGAUCAGAGGAAAGGUUUUAGCCCUCAGUCAGCACAAAUUUGCAAGCAAUGUUGUGGAGAAGUGCGUCACCCACUCGUCUCGUACGGAGAGAGCUCUGCUCAUCGAUGAGAUCUGCUGCCAGAAUGAUGGUCCUCACAGUGCCUUAUACACCAUGAUGAAGGACCAGUAUGCAAACUACGUGGUGCAGAAGAUGAUUGACAUGGCCGAGCCCGCUCAGCGCAAAAUCAUCAUGCAUAAGAUCCGACCACACAUUACCACACUGCGUAAAUAUACCUACGGGAAACACAUACUGGCCAAGCUGGAGAAGUAUUACAUGAAGACUAGCACUGACCUGGGGCCAAUGGUCGGGCCCUCCAAUGGAAUGCUGUAGCAGAGGAGGAACGAAGAGUACAACACAGAUAUUCAUCACACCUCUGAACCUUUUACGAGGAGCUAUCCAACCCUCCCACUUGGCUUCCUCGGAGAAUAGCUGGCGUGUACCACACUAUUUAUUGUUUUCCCACUAGAAAUCUCACUGUGGCUCCGAGUGUACAUUUCGGGCCUGCCUCCAGCUUCAGCGGAAGACUCACCCAACUGCCUGUUAGUUAAAAAAAAAAAA